CGGUGUUGCACUCAAACCGUUCCGGGGUUAAGAACAGGACAGUUGUUAGCUAGCUGUUUGUGUAUGUUGAGCUGCUGUAACGUUUAAUAUACGUUGGUGUGUUUAAAUGGCUCUGUACACAGCUGUCUGAGCUUGCCUGCAUGUAGCAGCAGGUGCUCUCCAUGCACACUCAUCCUCCCCCUGAAGUUGUCUGUCAGUCUGUCCGUCCGACUGACUGAUCCUGUCACCAGCUGUUGAACCACAGUCUGUGGCUGUCAGCAGGAUGUCAGACAGUGGGAACCAAUCCUGUCUGAUGGCAGCAGAGGACACUGUCUCCCUCCUGGUGUGUGUGUUUCACGCAUGGGAGGAAUGGGCAGGCCUUGGUCAGGUGGAGGACUAUCUGAGCGUUCUAGAGUACCUGCUGUGGGUCUUCACCCCUCUGGCCAUCGUCUUCAUCUUGCCCUUCCUCAUCGUCAUCCUCCUUUACCUCUCUAUACUCUUUCUUCAUGUCUAUAAG